GCAGUAAUGCGGUGAUGCACUUUGUGCGUAGAAGAAGAAGUCAGGGUUGUAGCGGCAAUGAAAGAACAGCGUGCUGCUUUAAAAUCCAGCAAAAUAAAAGUAAAGUAUUGAUCAGCCACUGAAAGUUACUGCGAGUAGACCUUUUUCAUCAUACUUCGGAGGUUCUUAGCAAAAUUUAGGACUGCACUUGGAGGAUGUCUUUGGUUUGUGCCAUCUCCAAUGAGGUGCCGGAGCACCCGUGCGUCUCUCCGGUUUCUAACCAGGUGUUUGAGCGCAGGCUGAUCGAGAAGUACAUCGCAGAGAAUGGAACGGAUCCGAUGAACGGUCAGCCUCUGUCAGAGGAGCAGCUAGUGGAUAUUAAAGUUUCCCAUCCCAUUAGACCAAAGGCACCAUCAGCAACCAGUAUCCCUGCUAUUCUCAAGUCACUUCAAGAUGAGUGGGAUGCCGUCAUGCUGCACAGCUUCACCUUGCGGCAGCAGCUCCAGACGACCCGUCAGGAGCUGUCGCACGCUCUUUACCAACAUGACGCCGCCUGCAGAGUCAUCGCUCGACUCACUAAAGAGGUCACUGCUGCCAGAGAAGCUCUUGCCACGCUCAAACCCCAGGCUGGAUUGGUCGCUCCUCAGGCAGUUCCUGCCUCUCAGCCUGCUGCUGCAGGAGCUGGUGGGGAGCCUAUGGAGAUUAGUGAAGUGGGAAUGACCCCAGAGAUCAUCCAGAAGCUCCAAGACAAAGCUACUAUCCUCACCACAGAGAGGAAGAAGAGAGGCAAAACUGUACCAGAGGAGCUGGUCAGAUCUGAGGACCUUGGCAAAUACCGUCAAGUGGCUUCCCACGCUGGUCUUCACAGUGCCAGUGUCCCUGGUAUUUUGGCUCUGGAUCUGUGCCCCUCAGAUACCAACAAAGUGCUCACUGGUGGAGCUGAUAAGAACGUGGUUGUGUUUGACAAGAACGAGGAGCAGAUUGUGGCAACUCUUAAGGGUCACACAAAGAAGGUCACCUCAGUCAUUUACCAUCCAUCUCAGUCCGUGGUCUUCUCUGCAUCUCCAGACACCACCAUCCGUGUUUGGUCUGUCACUGGAGGCAACUGUGUUCAGGUGGUCCGUGCUCACGACGCCGGCGUCACUGGACUCUCCCUUCAUGCUACUGGAGAUUAUCUGCUCAGCUCCUCUGAGGAUCAGUACUGGGCCUUCUCUGAUGUUCAGACUGGUAGAGUGCUUACCAAAGUUACUGAUGAAAGUGCUGAAUGUGCUCUCACCUGUGCUCAGUUCCAUCCUGACGGUCUCAUUUUUGGUACUGGUACGGCUGACUCUCAGAUUAAGAUUUGGGAUCUGAAAGAGCGCACCAACGUGGCCAAUUUCCCCGGCCACUCUGGUCCUGUUACCUCCAUUGCUUUCUCUGAGAAUGGAUACUAUCUGGCCACAGGGGCCCAGGAUAGCUCUCUGAAACUGUGGGAUCUAAGGAAGCUGAAGAACUUCAAGACCAUCACUCUUGACAACAACUAUGAGGUCAAGUCCCUUGUGUUCGACCAGAGUGGCACCUACCUGGCUGUAGGAGGGUCUGACAUCCGUGUCUACAUUUGCAAGCAGUGGUCUGAGGUCCUCAACUUCACAGACCACACAGGAUUGGUGACUGGAGUAGCGUUUGGAGAGAACGCUCAGUUCCUGACCUCUACAGGAAUGGACAGAAGUCUGAAAUUCUACAGUUUGUAAAAAGAAAACUGUAUGGAAAGGGACCAGAGAAAAGGGUCAUGAGAUCCGUGUCACUUUCUGGGACUCAGACUUAGCCUAAACCUGAUGUUUUUAGUAAAAGAAGACAAACACAAAUCAGUGCUAACUCUACUUCUUUAGUGUGUUAGUGUCACAUACAGGAGGAAAAAAAAAUCCCAUGAAAUUUACUGCUAUUUGAUGCACAACAUCACUGUCAGAAUUUGUCCUCAUUAAGAAUAGAUGAAUGAGCUGUAAUGUCUCUGUUUGAUUUGGCAGCAGUUGAUUUUUACUGUAGUUAUUAUUGUUUUGUUUGUUAGUGGGUGGGUGGGACUGAAACUGUGCUAAGACUCUGAUGUUGAGAAUUAUGUGUGGUGUGACAGUGAUCUGCUUUGCUAUAAUAUUCAAAAACUUCAUCAGACUAUUUGUAGGGUCAGAAGAAAAUGUGUCAGAAGGUGAACAAGCAGGAGACAUUUAUUCCAUGGUCACAACUUCAGUCUUGUUUAAAUUCCCCUUUUCAUUUCUUCCAUUAAUACCAGUGUCGCUUUUCCUCUUGUAUAUUCCUUGUUAUUGCUUUUUACCUGUUGCACUGCUGCCCUUUUACAGUAAAAUAAAAUAUCUUUUGUAAUGCCAAAUGUGUGUUAGAUCAAGCAGCACAGGUGGAUCGUCCAGAAUAAAUAAAAUAAGUUUCUGUCCA